UCACUGCACUCCUCUCGCCGGCCACUUCAAAAGUUCAAGCUCAAAACCCUCCUCUUCCCCUCCACUUCAAAUUCUAAACUCCUCCGCUUUGCAGCUGCCGCUACAUACGCUCCAAGGAGAAGAGCUGCUAGCUGAGACGACGAUGGAGAGCUACGGGCGGAAGCGGGCGUGGAAGAAGGGUCCUACGCGGGGGAAGGGCGGCCCGCAGAACGCGGCGUGCGAGUACCGCGGCGUGCGCCAGCGGACGUGGGGCAAGUGGGUGGCCGAGAUACGCGAGCCCAACAAGCGCAGUCGCAUCUGGCUCGGCUCCUUCGCCACCGCCGAGGAGGCUGCGCUAGCCUACGACGAGGCCGCACGCAGGCUCUACGGGCCCGACGCCUUCCUCAACCUGCCGCACCUCCGCGCCUCCAUAUCCGCCGCCGCCGCGCACCAGCGUCUCAGGUGGCUCCCGGCGUCCGCCAGGGGGGCCGUCCCCGGCUACGGACUCCUCAACCUCAACGCGCAGCACAACGUCCACGUCAUCCACCAGAGACUGCAGGAGCUCAAGAACAACUCGCCCACCAAGCCGCCGCAGAGCGCGCGAGUUCCCCAGCUCCCAACUCUCCCGGCCUCCUCCUCUCCUUGCUCCACCGUGACCACCGGCGUAGCUGCCUCCGCAGCUCUGCCGCCGCCCAUGUCGUGCUUCCAGGCCCUGGAGCAGGCGGUGGCCACGGCCGCGAUGACGGCGGACACCGCGCCGUGCGAGGUCGCCUGCGCCGGCGCGAACAAGCCCCAGCUCGACCUCAGGGAGUUCUUGCAGCAGAUCGGCGUGCUCAAGGCCGACGAGGAGGGCGCGGUAGCCAAGGACGGCUUUCACGGGGAAGGCGAGGUGGCAGGCGCGUUUGGCUUCACCGGCAACAGCGAGUUCGACUGGGACGCGCUGGCUGCGGACCUGAACGACAUCGCGGGAGGCCACGGCGGCUCGGUGGGCGUGAACGGAGCGUUUCAGAUUGACGAUCUGCAUGAGGUCGACCAGUUCGGCUGCUUGCCCAUCCCUGUCUGGGACGUGUAAUCUGAGCCCAUGCAAGAAGCUCCGGUGUCCUGGCUAUCUCCAUGCGGAUGGGGCUUUUCCCUAGUGCACAAG